CUUUUCGCAGCGUGUUGAAGCGCUACUUCUUGACCCGGAAGUAGUUCGCUAACACGCGUUACAGUUUCGUUGUGGUUACGACGGUAGCCGGCGGAAACCAAGAGGCAAAUUUCUGUAUUUCUCCAUUCACGUUUAUCUGAACAAGAAACAUGAGUCUGUUAACCAAGCCCAAGUCGGAGAUGACCCCUGAGGAGCUCCAGAAACGCGAGGAGGAGGAGUUCAAUACGGGCCCUCUGUCUGUGCUCACUCAAUCAGUCAAGAACAACACACAGGUCCUCAUCAACUGUCGCAACAACAAGAAGCUGCUUGGAAGAGUCAAGGCUUUUGACAGGCACUGCAACAUGGUGUUGGAGAACGUGAAGGAGAUGUGGACAGAAGUCCCAAAGAGCGGCAAGGGAAAGAAGAAGUCUAAGCCAGUGAAUAAGGACCGUUACAUCUCGAAGAUGUUCCUCAGGGGCGACUCUGUCAUCGUCGUCUUGAGAAAUCCCCUGAUCACUGGGAAAUAAACUGUUUACCAUCACCCA